CAUGGUAAGUCGGGUUUUGGUACGUGUGUCACAUUGUGACGACGUACCACAUUCUGCCCUACACCGGUACACUAUAUAUACUGCACAUAUCUGGCACUCUGUGGUCACAGAUCUGAUGCAUACACAACUCAUGGAAUAUACUGUUUCUGUUUUUUCAUAGAUACGAUUUUUUCCCGAAGGGCUAUAAUCAAUUACAAGUCAUGAGGUUUGCUGUGGAGGAGAUCAACAACUCGACCUACCUCCUGCCCGGCGUCACCUUGGGCUAUGAGAUCUAUGAUCACUGUUUGAAUUCUGUGAACAUUGGGGCAGUUCUAGACUUCCUCUCUGACAGUUCAACUCGGUCCGUCCCAUUUGGAGAGGGAUACAGACAGGACCGGCACCUACCCAAGGUCUUGGCAGUGAUUGGUCCUUCCUCCAGUACAGAUGCAUUUUUAACUGCACCUGUGUUGAUGUCCUAUCUCGUACCACUGAUCAGUCACUCAGCAUCAAGCAUGCAGUUAAGUGACAAAGGCAGAUUUCCCUUGUUUGUCCGUACGUUCCCAAGCGACAAAAAACAAGUGGAUGGCAUUGUUCUCCUCUUGCUCAAAUUCAACUGGCGCUGGAUCGCGCUCCUUGGGACAGACGACGAUUACAGCCAGGACGGCAUAAAGGCAUUGAAUGAGCAGACAAGGGAGCACAACAUCUGUGUGGCCUAUGAGAGCACAAUCCCACAGAGCAGCAGCGACGUGGGACACAUGUUGAGAAACAUUGUCUAUCUCAACGUCAAGGUCGUGGUGGUGUUUGCAACGGGGCAACCCGUCACCGACCUCAUGAGACAGGCCAUUGCCAGCAAUGUGGGGGGCAUUGUGUGGGUCGCCAGCGAAGCCUGGUCACUGAGUCAGAGCAUAGCCACGAUGCCCGGAAUCGGCAGCGUCGGCACUAUUUUAGGAAUGGCAGUGAAAGGAAUGGCUCUGUCCGGCUUUGACCAGUUUCUCCAGAGUACGAGGAAUUCCUGGAACGGGAGCUUUCAAAAGAAGUCUUCAGCGUUCUUGGGAGCAGCCCGCAAUCAGGAGUCCUGCAACCAGCAGUGCAGCGGGAUCUCUGCGUCUGCUAUCCAGGACUUUGACUCAACAUCAAGUUUUAGCGUUUACUCCGCAGUUUAUGCUGUCGCCCAUGCAUUGCAUCGGGUACUGAAGUGCAACAAGAAAAUCUGCAAAAGACCUGAGCCAGUUUUCCCUUAUCAGAUCCUGCAGAAAAUGAAAGAGGAGAGCUUCACACUUAACGGACGAACCAUCAGCUUUGACAAAAACGGAGACCCGCCCCCCCAGUACGAGAUCGUGUUCUGGGAUACGACCUCGCAGCCAGUCAGCUUCAAGAGAGUUGGAUCGUAUGCCUCAGAUUCGGCAGGUUCAGGGAUCCGGUUUGUUGUUCAAGAAGAGGCUAUCAAGUGGCACGUUAGUGGCCAGAUUCCUGUAGCGCUGGGUUCCCAGGAUUGUAUCCCAGGUUUUAAAAAGACGCUAUUUGGAAUUCACACCUGUUGCUUUAACUGUGAGCCUUGCGCUGCUGGAACUUUUGUUAAUCAAAGUGACCCCUAUAACUGCCAGCCGUGUCCAGAGGACGAGUGGUCAGAUGAUGAAAGUGCAUUUUGCCAAAAACGCACCAUAGAAUACCUCGACUACAAUGAUCGUUUCUCCAUCGGGCUGCUGGUGUCCGCGGGUCUGAUAUGUACUCUCUCGGUGGCUACAGCCGUCGUCUUCGCAGUGCACCACGACACCCCAGUAGUGAAGUCUGCCGGGGGCAAGAUGUGCUUCUUCAUGCUGGGCUGCUUGGGCAUCUGUUGCCUGAGCAUCUGUUGUUUUUUCGGGGUGCCCACCACCUGGAAAUGCAUACUGAGAAACCCAGUCUUUGCUGUUUUUUUCACCGCUUGUCUCUGCUGUCUCUUAGUCCGCACCUUCCAGGUAAUCUGCGUUUUCAAAAUAGCUGCCAAGAUGCCCAAAGUUUAUGAGUUCUGGGUCAAGAAAAACGGUCAAUGGAUGUUUGUGACAGUAGCCGUGGGCCUCCAGAUCUUCCUGUGUGGUCUCUGGGUGGGCAUAGAGGGACCUCACCCCUUCAACAACACCCAAGCUGUCAGAGGACAGAUUAUCUAUGACUGCGGCAUGGGGAACAUGUUUGCUUUCACAGCGGUGAUCGCUUUCGUCGGCUUGCUCAGCGUGCUCUGUUUCGCUUGCUCCUACUUCGGGAAGGACCUCCCUAAAGACUACAACGAUGCAAAGUACGUGACCUACAGCUUGCUGGUCUUCUUUUUCACCUGGGUUGCGUACUUGACUGCUUACAUUGUCUACAGCGGGAAAUACAUUCCCGUGAUAAACGCCAUCUCAGUGCUGGCUAGCCUGGCCAGCAUCCUGGUGGGUUACUUCAUCCCCAAAUGUUACAUCAUCCUUUUUAAACCACAGUACAACACCACUGCACACUUUCAGACAUGCAUUCAGGACUACACUAAGACCAUUAGUAGUAAAUGAUGACCACUACUGCAUUAGAUAACGAGAGAUAUAGAGAUGAUUAAGCAGGUAUGUAGCAGUUUCAAUUGUAUUCUUGUUUUUAAAAUUCUAAUUAAAGUAU